CAGUCUGUGUCGAGAAUCGAAAGCGUGAAGGUGUCGGUAGAGUCGUCCGGCAUGCCAACAGUGGCUCCGACACACUGACGCGAUGGCAGCGCGAGGCGCAGCCGCCGCGCAUACGAACUGUGAUAAACAAACUUAAUAUAUAUACAUAUACAAGUUAACCGUCCGUGAAAGACUUUGAGAGAGAGUGUAGUGUGAAGCCGCCCUUAUGAUCCUCCCAAUGGCAGCGUACGCACAAUUUGGCUAUUCGUAUCCAUCCGCCUCGCAGUUGCUGGUUGGCAGUAGCGGGGCUGGUAACGGCGGAGCGGCAACCUCGCCGGACGGCGGUUCGAGCUCAGCUCCGCCGCUAUCUCCCGGGGGCUCCGCGGUGGCGGGAGGUGCCCUGUCCCCCGGGGCUGGCAGCCACGCCAGCACACCAGCCGCCUCCUGCUGCGACACGCCGCGGCCUAUCAUCACCGACCCCGUCUCCGGGCAGACCGUCUGCUCAUGCCAGUACGACGCGAGACUGGCACUCACCUCUUAUCCUCGCCUCUCCAGUGCUGCCGUUGGAGUCUACGGAGCUCCAUAUCCAUCCACUGACCAGAACCCCUAUCCAAGCAUCGGCGUCGAUAGCUCCGCAUUCUAUUCCCCUUUGAGUAAUCCCUACGCGUUGAAAGAGGGCGGUGGUGAAAUGUCGGCUUGGACUUCGGCAGGUCUUCAGCCAUCAGGCGGCUAUUACCCAUACGACCCCACGCUCGCUGCUUACGGAUAUGGAGCUGGAUACGAUUUAGCUGCCAGGCGAAAAAACGCUACCAGAGAAUCAACAGCUACGCUCAAAGCAUGGCUUAACGAGCAUAAGAAAAACCCUUACCCCACGAAGGGGGAAAAGAUUAUGCUGGCGAUCAUCACCAAGAUGACGCUGACACAGGUCUCGACGUGGUUCGCGAACGCAAGACGGCGCCUGAAGAAAGAAAACAAGAUGACUUGGGAGCCGAAGAAUAAAACGGAUGAUGACGAAGACACGAUGCUCUCCGACGAAGAAAGGGAACAGGACGAUAAAAUAAAAGCUAACAAAGAUGAGGAACGGAAGGGAGAUGAACUACUGCAGGGCAUGCAUAAUCAACUCCUUGGGUACGGAAUAAAAGAAGAGUCAAAGCGUGGCACAUCAGAAUGUGGAGUGCCUAUACCAGCAUCAAAACCGAAAAUUUGGUCCCUGGCAGACACAGCAGCCUGUAAGACUCCACCUCCAGUUGCCCAACCAUGGCCUCAACACGGCUAUGGACCAGGUCCAGAACGUCCUUCAGUAGCUGAUGGAAGCUCUAAUGGCUUCGUCCUUCCAGCCACUGCGGCAGCAAGCCCAGCUGGAGGCUCAUAUGGACGAUACGGAGGUGGUUUUCCUGGAGCACAAUAUGGAGGUCAGCAUCCUUGUGUCCAUCCUGCUGCGUUUCCCGACGUACAAACCGAUACACCGCCUCAGACACCGCCUAACAUGAAAGUACCCAGUGUUGCCAAUCCGCUUGGCAGUGGCGGCGGCUCCGGUUACUGUUUUCCGAGACACCAGCAAUCACCACAGCGCGACCCUUAUCACAACCCCCACCACUCUAAUAACCACCAACCUAACCACCACCACAACGAGGGAUCGGCCGCCUUCAAACCUUUCUAUAAAAGGUAAAGCAAGUGAAAGCUGGGUCGCUGCACUGCCCUACUAGUGACUCUGACGUUCACAGUGGCACAGUGUUUCCAGGGUUCGUCCAGCUUCAUGUCGAGACGCAGCCGCUGUUUAUAACUUAUAUAGAAUAUGUAAAUUAAUUUCAUAAUGUUUGGUUAUCGUGUAGAUUAAAGAAAUUCCUAAAUUUAAAGCACAGAUUAUUGUAAUGUAUAAAGUAAUUUGUUAAUUUGUACUUAAGGAAUUUAGUUUCAAGUGAUUUAGAUAUGGACGGUUGUCCUUAGUACUUAAAUCAUUAUAUGGAAAAGCGUUGCUCAGUAUUUUUAUAGAUAUAAGGAUAUAACGAAAACUGAUUUUCCAUACUAUUUAUGAUAGAUUCAAGAAGCGCAAUUAUUUAUAAUAAUAAUAAAAAAAUUGGUUAUAGUCAAAAUGUAUAGAACAUUAAUUUUUAUUUCAACGAAUAUUUCUUUUAAGGAUUAUUCUUUUCAGUUCUUCCAAAUAAAGUUUAUAAAAAUAUUAUGUCCAUAAGUUUUUUUUUAUUGGUUAUAACUUUAUAUAUAAAUCGAGCUCGGCUUGCUCACGGUACGUUCAUUUGUUGAAUCAUCCUUAUUUAUGACGGCCAAGUUAGAGUCCUUAUCAAUGUAAAUAAGUGAUUGUAGAUUUUCUAUGUUUAGUUUCACAUUUUGUGUACAAAGUAUAAUACUAUUUCAACUUCGAUGUUCAUCGAAAAUAUAAAUAUUGUUUAAAAGUAUUAUUAGAUUACAUGUAAAUAAAUUCAUUUACGACUAUAAUUUUAUAUUACAACGCUAUUCGGUUUUGGUAUUUUAGGAGUUUAUUAAAUUUCAGCACUUUCUGUAUUUGUUAUCUUGAAUAUUUACACUAUUUUUCAACCCUUUUGUAAAUUCAUAUUAGAUAAGUAAAAUAGUUAUUAAUCCAUGUAAAAUAUUUUGUUCCUGACCAGAAAGUGUCUUUUUUCAAUAUAUUAAGUCAUCUCGUGUUUGUUUAUUAUUAUAUAUAUAACAACGACGAUACAUACGAAUUCAUUAAUAUACAAAGAAAAACUGUCAUAAAUUCUGUCGGUAGCCGAGGCUUUUUGAGACGAGAUUUUUUAAAAUGUGACCAAAAUCGAAUACAUUCGCUUAUUAUUAAAUGUUCUAUAUAGAUAUUUAUAGAAUAUGUACCUAUUAAUUAAUAUAAUUAAAAUUAUGUAACGAUUGUAAUUAAACCAUUAUUUCAA